UCAUCUUUAACUAAAUUAACUAAAUUUUUUGUGCAAAACAAAAUUAUUAAAUAUGCUAAACUAGUGAAAAAUAGAAAACUAGCUUUUCUAUAGCACAGAUGUUUGCUAAUUGAUAGUUGCUAGAAAUUUUCAUCUACCUGUAUGCAGAAAUGUAAAAAGGUGAAUCCAUAUGCAGUCAAAGAAUCUGCACUACGUUAUGUGGCUACUAAUCGCAUAAAGCAGUUAGCAAAACCUAUAAUAUAUUUAGAAAUACCCAUUUUAGAAGAAUUACCUAAAAAUAUCAGGGUUAAGCGCAGUGCUCUAAGGUAUCAAGCAUCGGAACGUAUUAAACAAUUAGCCGAGCCUAAAAUAAAACCAAAAGAAAAAAUGAACUCAUAUAAGGUUUCUAAAAAAGCUUUGACAGCACAUCCAUCGAAACGUAUAAUAGAACUAGCACAGCCUAAAAAACAUAAAGACGAAGUUAAAACUAAUCCAUAUAAAGUGACUCCUCGAGCUUUAAAAGCGACUACUACUGAGAGAGUAGUUGAAUUAGCUAAACCGAAAUAUGUAACAGAAAAAUAUAGAGCAUAAGAAAAGCUAAGUUAUGUAUCCAAGUACAGAGUUUAGAACAACAUACUUAUCAACAUAAUUAUUAUCUCUUGAAUAUACUAACACCUGUAUAUGUAAAGGUGGGAUUAGAUUUUUAACAUCUUUUUCAUCGGCAAAAUAACAAUGCAUCAAUGAUUGAAAAUUGUGACGAACUAGAUGAAAUAAAGAAAACGGAAAUUCCAUGAACGGUCGGGUGUACGUCACGGAGCCAAUCGUCGCCAGCGACGUCCAGGUGCCAUUCAACACUCCCCAAGGGACUUCACAAACAGGUCCCAGCAGUUUACAACAACAAGGAAAAAAUACAAAAUCACGAUCUAAAAAGAGUAAAGUUCGAUUUUUAUCUAUAGAGUCUAGAUCAACAUAUAACUGUUAUAUAUAUCUAUUUAUCAGAUAUGUAAUAUCCGUUGACUCUCUAAAGCUUGUGUGUGUAUCAGUUGGGUUAGAUUGGAUAAGUUAAAAGUUUAGAUGUCUUGAUCUGUAUUUGACACCUUAUUCAUCGGUAAAAAAAAGGUUAAAUCAAUGAUUAUGAAUUGUAAGAGAAGCAUAAUGAGCUAGAGAAGAUUGUUGUAACGAAAUGGAUCUUUACAAUUUAAAAAAAUUAUUUAAUCUCUGAUUUGAUAUGAUCGAGUUUAUGCUUAUUUUAAAUUGUAUAAAUCUCAUAAAAGCAUAAAAAUAGGUAACAGCUGAAUGCAACAAAUGGAUAAGGAGCCCAAGAGCGUAGCGUAAACUACAACUUCCUGCACCAAAUAUAUAUAGCAAAUAACACCACGGCAAUUGAAACUACUUAUAAAAAUUAUUUAUAUAUUCUGCAACAUCGAAUUUAUGACAACAGCAAUCUGGUGUAUUCUAGUAUAGUAAAUUCUUAUAAGGAAAGCAUAAUUUAUUAACUAAUAAUU